ACGUGUGAGUCUGCUGCCCUGAUUACAGGCACCUCACCACAAGGACAGAUGGUGUUAGCUCUGUUCCUGGGUGUGAGACCCAAUAUUGUUUUUCCAAGUAAAACCAGGUGCUUAGUAACAUUUAACUUUGGAAGGAAGUGGUGCAUCUAAACUGAGUUGUUAUCACUCUGAGGUAUAAAUGUAGUGGAUGUAUUAAUGAUGGAAUUUCUUAGAUUAGCUUGGAAAAGAAAGCUUAUAAUUUUGAUGUCUACGAAGAAAAUUUUAGGCAACAGAGCAUGUAUAAGAAAAGUUUAUUUUCAGAGAUUUUAAUACCCUCAAGUUUCAAAGGAAAUGGACAUGUGCCAAAAAGCCGAUGAAUAGUCCGCAGUGAUAUUAUUAUUCCCAAGUCCCCGAGAUUUUCUUCCAGCUGCUGCUAACUCCUGCCAUCCACAGGCUGGGACUGGGGAGGGAAAAGGAUCUGGUUCUCUCAAGUUAUCUGUGAAUGUAGUCAUCGGUGCCCUUCGGGCAGUUAUCGCAUUAGGAGGCUGAGGGUUUGUGGUUUCUGCCUUGAAACUAGCUGUUUGGAGUAAAAAUCCUAACUGGCUGUGACAUCCAGUUUUCACCUUGCUUUCAGGUUUGGACUUUCACUUGUUUUGUUGUGUUAGUUUUGGUCAUCAAUUUGGGAACUUAGCUGAAGUUUGUGACUAUGCACUGUUGAAAUUAGACAAGAUCUUUUCAUAGUUCCAGCAUUCAUUGUCACCUGAAAGAGAAAGGAAGAAAUCCAAAUGAGAAUCUUCUAUCAGCCCCUGCUAAGUGAGGCUAGAGUGAGAAGUGGUGAUGGAGGCCAGGUGCACACUGAGUGCAGUUAAGUGGAUGAGCUCCAGUGUGGAAGGAGUUAGUGACGACAGCAGGUUAGAGGAAAUGUGCUCUGAAAUAUACUUAGAUCCCAUCCCCUGGUGCUGGUGAUAGCCCUCUUCAAAGAUGCUGCAUAUGGGUUGGUUAGAUCCCUCCUCAGCUGUCAGUUUACUCUCUAUUGUACUCUUCUGGAGGAAAAUGAAGACCUCUCACACCUCCCAGGAGAAGAUGUGGGUAGCCUCAAGCAUGCACUUUCAGAAACAGCUGAUUAUAGGAGAGAAUAUAUUCGGGAAAAUCUCCCUCCUAAGUUCAUGUCCUAUUCCUUGUGAAUAGGUGGGGUGGUGCCAAGGGAAGAGUCCCAAAAUGCGUAAAGGAGCAGGGACCAUCCAAGUAUAGUUCUACCUUUUGCAGAUGAGGAGACAGGUGUGGCAAGAGACUAAGGACCAGCUAAACCUGGAUGACCUGCAAAUGAGAAACUGGGACCAGAACCCAGGCCUCUGACCUUUUCAUCUGCAUCUCAGAGUUCGGGGAAAGGGAGAAGAAAGGCUCCAAUCUGGAUAAAGCCGAUGAGCACCAGAGGCUAUUGGGUCAUCUUGGUAGGGAAAGGAAAAAGGUUUUACAGAAAGGGCUUGCAAACAUUCUUCUAAAGAGAUCAGGGAAAAAAAGGAAUCAUCAGAAAGAGAAAAAUGUGAAUUAGCAGAUAAAGAGUGAAGCUUUAAUCUUGAACCAAUCCAUUUUUACCCCAUGGAAGCCAAUAUUCUCUAAAGUGACUUCCAUAUCAGGUUGUAUCUUAGGGGAAUUUCUAGGAAUAUGUUCAAUAGAUAAACUACCAGAAUUUUCAAGUGAAAAACUACUAACUUACUGUUUUUAGGUGGCCUCUGUAACCUGAUUCAUUUCAAAUGUGUUUUUAAGGAAAAAGAUUUUUUUUUAAACUGUGGUGAUAAUAUACACAACUAAACAUAUGCCAAUCCCAUAAUUUCUACAUAUAUAUUAUUGACAUUGAUUACAUUUUUCAGAUUUUGCAACCACUCUCACUAUCCUUUUCCAAAUUAUUCCAUCACCAUUAACGUAAACUCAAUGUCUCCUAAGCAAAAACUCCCCAUUUCCCGCUCCCUUCCACUCCUGGUAACUAAUAAUUUUUGGUUUCCAUUAUAUACUUCCUUACCACUCAUCUGUCAGUCUGUCAGUGGAAUGAAGAAUGCCAUUGCUGAUAUCAGAGGAUCUUGGCUGAAAGCAGAGAAUAGCAGAAAGAUGUUUACCUGUGUUUUAUUGACUACAAAAAGGCAUUUGGCUGUGUGGAUCAUAAGAAGUUAUGGAUAAUAUUGCAAAGAAUGGGAAUUCCAGAACAUGUAGUUGUGCUCAUGUGAAUUCUGUACCUAGACCAAGGGGCAGUCACGCGAAUAGAACAAGGGGAUAUUAUGUGGUUUAAAAUCAGGAAAGGUGUGCAUCAGGGUUGUAUCCUUUCACCAUACAUAUUCAACCUGUAUGCUGAGUAAAUAAACGGAGGAGCUGGACUACAUGAAGAAGAAUGAGGCAUCAGGAUUAGAGGAAAACUCGUUAGCAACAUGCCAUAUGCAGAUGACACAGCCUUGCUUGCUGAAAGUAAAGAGGACUUGAAGCACUUACUAAUGAAGAUCAAAGAGUACAGCCUUUAGUAUAGAUUAUACCUGAACAUAAAGAAAACGAAAAUUCUCACAAUUGGACCAAUAAGCAACAUCGUGAUAAACAGAGAAAAGAUUGAAGUUGUCAGGAAUUUCAUUUUAUUUAUUUCCACAAUCGGUGUCCAUGGAAGCAGCAGUCAAGCAAUCCAAGGAUUUAUCUGCUGCAGAAGAUGUCUUUAAAGCCUUAAAAAGCAAAGAAAUCACUUUGAGGACUAAAGAGUGCUUGACUAGGCCAUGGUAUUUUCAAUUGCUUCAUGUGCAUGUGAAAGCUGGACAAUGAAUAAGGAAGUCCGAAGAAUUGAUGCCUUUGAAUUAUGGUGUUGGUGAAGAAUAUUGAAUAUUCCAUGGACCGCCAGAACGAACAAAUCUGUCUUGGAAUAAGUACUGCCAGAAUGGUUCUUAGAAGUGAGGACGGCAAAACUUCAUCUCAUGUACUUUGGGCAUGUUAUCAGGAGGGACCAGUCCCUGGAGAAAAAUAUCAUGCUUUGUAAAGUAGAGGGUCAGCGAAGAAAAUUAAGACCCUCAGUGAGAUGGACUGACACAGUGGCCACAGUAAUGGGCUUUAUCAGAGCAAUGAUUGUGAGGAUAGCACGGGAGCAGGCAGUGUUUCAUUAUGUUGUACGUAGGGUCACUAUGAUUAGGAACUGACCGGACAGCACCUAACAACAACAACACAUAUUUCCUUACUUUAAGUGAGAUCAUAUGGUAUUGGUCCUUUUGCAACUGACUUAUUUUACUCAUCGUAAUGUUUUCAAGGUUCAUCCAUGUUGUGGCAUGCAUCAUGACUUCAUUUCUCUUUAUGGCUGAGUAAUAUUCCAUUUUAUCUGUCCAUUCAUGUUGACAGACAUUUCAGUUGUUUCAACAUUUUGGCUGUUGUGAAAGUGCUGCAAUGAACAUUGGUGUGCAAGUUUCUGCUUUCACUUCUGGGUAUAUACCUAGAACUGGGACUGAUGGGUCAUGUGGUAGUUCUAUGAUCAUUUUUUUUUUUAGAAACCACUAAUCUGUUUUUGUUUGUUUUCUAAGUACUUUAUGCCAUUGUAUUUUUGUUUUUAGAUGCUGUUGAGUGGAUUUCAACUCCGAGUGACACCAUGUGACAGAGUAGAACUGCCGAACAGAGUUUUCUCGGCUGUAAUCUUUUCAGAAGCAAAUGGUCAGGUCUUUCUCCUGUGGAGCAACUGGGCCUGGGGACUCUGGUAGUGACCUUUGUGGAUGUCAUCAACAGUGGUGCAGUGCUUUGUUUAGAGAAUGCGGUGACAACUUGGACCUGACUUGAGAAUUUGGGAGCCAUGCAGAAGGCAACCAACCACUACAGCGAGCAGAUGGCUCAGUGCUUGAGGCUUCCUACAGACACACUCCAGGAGCUUCUGGAUGCUCACAUGGCCUGUGAGAAGGAAGUCAUCGCAGUCUUCAUGGAGCACUGCUUCAAAGAUGAAAAUCACGAGUUCCAGAAGAUGCUCGUGGAAAUCAUAGAGAAUAAAAAGGAGGAUUUCUUGCUGCAGAAUGAAGAGGAAUCUGUAGAUACUGUUGGGAUAGGCUGAAGCAGCUUUCGAAGGCCCUGGUGGAAAGUAUUUCAGCUGGAAUUUUCUUUGUCCCUGGAGGGCACAAGUUCUACAUAGAAGCAAAGAAAAAGACUGAACAAGACUAUUCUCAAGUGCCUGGGAAAGGAGUAAAGGUGAGGAGCAACGGGAGCACAAGGAAGCCUACAGAACAGAAUCAAGGGGUCCCUGAAACCUGAUAAUGCAACACCAUCUGUAAGGAAGAAGCAUGGUGAUAUCAUAAAACCUUUAACUUUCAAAGUCCAUUAUUUAUUUACUCUUGUAUAUAAAUGUUUGGCAAUAGAAAUGUUCAUUUCCAAAGAAAGAAUACGGAAAUCAGAAAUCCAGGAGAGACAGAACAGAAAUUAUUCAUUCCCUUCAUCGAACCAGGAGACAGACAUUGUGCCAAGGGCUGAGGAUUUACAAGUAAAAUCAGAGUCUUUGCACUGAGGGUGGAUCGAAAGUGAGAAAGAGUCAAAUAAAUAGACAAUUGCAUACAUUGCAUACAGAGCUCUCAGCUAUGAACCUGUGGUCCUGAACUGCACCAGUCAUGGUACGAAAUAUGAGGGUAAAAAUACAACUAAAAUAAAUACAUUGAAGACUUUUUUUUCUCAUGUGACAGGCAAUGAUAAGCACUUUGCCUGGAGGUUUUAAUUUAAUCUUCCCAAUAAGGUUAAGAAGCAUCUACUCAUACUCUCCACGUUUUACAGAUGGGAGCUGGGGAGGCACAGGCAGGCUAAAUACCUUGCCUAGAGUUACACAGCCAGCAAGUGUCAGGGGAGAGCAGCAGCACAGAUUACAGGAAGUGUUUCCCAUUGAUUGAGAAGAUGGUCUAGGAAACCUUCCGGAAAAGGAAGGUAACGUAAAUUUUGAAGUAUUUGUACAUGUUAUCAAAGUUGAGAUGUUACAUGAAGGGAGAAGCCCUAGGUAAAAAAAAAAAAAAAAUAGGUAGGUGUAUAAAUAUGUAAAAGCACCUGAGGGUGUGUGUUUGUACAACUGUGCAUGGUUCUGACUGGCUAGAACCUAAGGCGGUGGUGGGGAGCAGCACUGGAGGGGGGAUUGAAGGAAGAGAGGAAAGGGGUUAGGAGGGUCUCUGCUUACACGAAGAAGCUUGGACUUUGUAGGGGUAUGCUGGAGGCUUUCAGCAGGAAGCAAAAAUGACAUGGGCCGACUUGCUUAUGCAGCACUAAUCUCCUCAGUGGAAAUUUCUUUGGUCUUUCUUGGUUCCUCAGGCAAAUGAGGUCCUCCAGAACUUCCUGCAGUCUCAGAGGCAAAUAGAAAAUUUUAUUCUGCAGUCAAAGCCCUCACAAAUGCAGAGAAGGCCAUAGCAGGUACAGUGGCAGGGCUUAGCCCACAGUGGGUGGGGAGGUUCCUGCAAUGCCCUCUGAGGAAUCUGAGAGGAAGAUCUUCCUCAGACAAUGAGCUUCCUUUCCUUCUGUGGAACACGCACUCUGCUGAAUCUGAAAAUAAGGAGAUUGUGGCUGUAAGUCCACCCGGACAGGCAGGGUCUUUCUGAUCAUAUUUUCAAACCUGUUCUUGAUGUCCAAAUUGAUAUUGGAUGAAUUCAGGAUUUCUCACCUCUCUUUCAAAUUUUGUUUGGUCUCUGAUUUCAGGCAGGUAGAGCUCAGGCCUGAACUACUAUUUUCUUCCCUUUCUAAAAUCUUCAUGGGCAGUGGAGCAAACCAAGAAGGAGGCAGCUGAAAUAGAACAGGAACUUCUAAGACAGAAACAGAUGGAGCAGCAGCAGCAGCAGCAGGAGGAGGCUCAAGAGAGGAGUUUAGAGGAAAACAAGUGGCAAAUGAAAGAGAAACUGGAGAAGGGAAGAGAGAACUAUAUUAGAGAGAUACAAAGGACAAUGGAGCAUAAGCUGGGACCUUGGUAGUGCCUGAAGGUCAUUGCCCUGGUACCCCAGGAAGGUUAGAGCAACAUAAUGAAAGGAAGCUUCAUGGUCACCUACUGCAUGACCCACUAAAAGCUGUGAAUCCUUCCAGUUUUUCAAGAGGCCUUUGAGUUCUGCGGCACACUGAACCUCUGAAGAAUCCAGAAUAACUUUGGCCCAUCCAAGUCUUUGGAGAAUAUAAGUAGGUUUGAACUGCUGUUUUGGAUGAUUCUAAACUGAUCUUACAAGGCCAUAUGUUUCAACUAGGUGUAUGUAAAAUAAGUAGCAACUGGUUUCCUUUACCAAGGUCACUGCCAGUUUUCAGGAACUCAAAGACCCUGAGUUAGAGCCACGCUGACCUAAAACUAUCAGAUAAGUCCUAAUUAGAAUAUAUAGAAAAUUAGAAAUAUAGGCAACUGUUAGCGUCUAACCUCUGGUGAGGAUAGCCUGCCCAGGUCACAACAUAGCACAGGGGAGCUCUCUCUUUUUCCGUCCGGGAGUAUUUAUAGGGUUUUCUAGAUUAACUAGUUUCCUAUUAUUCUUAAGAUACAGAUGACCAUGCCAUCCGAAGUCAGACUUAGAAUUACUACAAUCAGACCAAUGACUUCCUCCCAACUGGCAUUUUUUUGGUUGGAACUUACUACAGUAUUUGUUCUCAUGCCUAGUUUAGUGCCCUAGCAAAACUCAAAUGGUGUGGGUGAAUGUUAGCAAUUUUGUGAACAGUGCUUUCUCUCAAUGUCCAGAUCCAAGGCAGAACAUAUUCCUUGUUGCCAAUAUUCUCCUCUCAUGAUGUAGUAAGAGAGAACACUACUAGGAGUAAAACAUAGACAGCUUCACAAAGUCCUUAAAUGCAAAAAUGUAAUUCUUUUAAAAAUUUCAGAUUUAAAAAAUUUUACUCCCUUCCCAUCUUUUGUGUUAGAACCAAGAGGAUCUGCUUAAUGAAGGAUUUAAGAGAAAUCUGAAGAGAUGGUGGCAGAGAUAAAUUAUUUGAAAAGUAUUGUUGAUACUACUAAAAAUGAUAAUCCCUUUAUUUCACAGGCCCUUGACACAUUUGCCAAAGAAAUCAGUUCAUCCUGUGUGCACCUGGUAAAUUUUUUGGUAAUGUUGUGAAAAGUUUCAACCCACUGUUUAAAGAGAAUUAGCUGUGGAGCAUAAGCUGAAGGUUAAGCUGGCCAGGACCUUUGUAGGGUCUGAAUUAUGGAAUGUGGAUACAUCCUCUGACCUAUAUUUGGUGUAUUAGUUUUUCAUUUCUAUCCAGCAAAGUCUUAAACAUAAAAAGUAUCUACUAGAGGACAUUGUGCCACAUUAGAUAGAAUAAGUAUUGAUUUUAUUAGUUAAUUUAAAGAUGAGACAAACAGCACUUUAGCUUUGGUGUUUGCCAAUUCUGGCCUGUGGGCCAAAUCAGGCCUGUUAUCUGAUAUUAUAAAAAAGUUAUAUAAGAACACUGCCAUGCUCAUUUGUUUAUGGUUGCUUGGGUAAUUAAAACACUGUAUGGUCCAAAAAGCCCUAAAAUCUUUAUUGCCUGGUUCUUCAGAAAAAAAGUUCGCUAUCACCAAUUCAAAAGAUGGAAUAGAGAACAAGAUCAAAUUUGGUAUAGUAGUAAAAAAAUACUUUAUAUAAGUUUAUCAAGAAUGCUACUGUAAGUCACAAAAGGAAUUAUAUAAAGUAUGCAUAUUCAAGUCAAUUUUCUCUAAUUCAUCUGUAAAUUUAAUGUGCUGUGAGGUAAAAUAUCAAAGAGAUAUUUUUAUGAAGUUAGACAUGCUACCUUCAUGAAAGUCUAAGUUGAAGUGCUUACUGUGUUUCUAAAAAUUUCCAGGAUAAUGCAGAAGAAGAGCGAGGAAAGACCGUAUCUGCUCCGUAUGAAAACCUAUUGCAGAGCUGUGAUAAUCGGCAGUGCAGCACUGGGACUUCACAAUGCAGACCAAUCAAUAGAGCAUCUUUAAAGUCUAGACAGAGAACCAAAUGCCUGCAGGAACUGUUUAUCUUAAAGGUUUUAUUUCCGAUCAGUGGAAAAGACGAACUGUUUGAUAAAUUAUCUCAGACAAUAAGGUAGUCAUCUAGAAAAAACAUCAUGUAUCUUGUAGCGAAGUAAAUUCUAGAAUGUCCAUAGACUCAAACAUGAAGAUUAAAACCAUAAAAUUGGCAAAUACCAGAUAAAAAAAAAAAUCUUGGAACAUGAAAUUUCUAUCUAUGUAUGACAUAAACCCAGAAGACAUGAAAUGCGUAUAAAACUGCAUGAAAAUACAGUAAAUCCUCUUUGUCAAAAUGACAAAGUCAAAGAAAACAACACUCUGGAAAGAUAUUUUCAUCUAUUAUUGCAGAAAAAGAACUAUUUUAUUUAAGAUUUAUACCAGAAAGAGUUACUCAAUAUAUAUGAGUAGGUGGUUCAUAGAAAAUAAUUAAAAGAUACUCAACUUUUAAUUAUUAGAAAACAAAACUAAAACAUAGUUUUAAUGUUUAUAUACUUUGGUUUAGCGUGUUCGCUUUUAGUAAAUACACAUGUACAAAAUCAUACACGCAAACCCAAGAUGUCCAUCGAGGCAUUGCUUUUAACACUAAAAGAUUGGAAAAUAUUUAAUAACCUAUUUACCCGGGAUUUGGUAAUAUAAAUUUUAGUACAAACAUAUAAUGAAGUACUAUGUAACCACUAAAUAAAUAGUGGUCCUCAAUUUGUACUAAUAUAGAACAAUCUUGAAGAUAAUUUUAUGAUGAAAAAAUGAGGUACAAGAAAGUGCUCAGUGUGAUCACUGUAAAAAUACAAUAAGGAUAUGCAACCAUGCAUACAGACACAUAGAAUAUCUCUGGACAGAUUCAUGGAAACUGGUAACAUUGAUUCCUGGUAGGGGGAACUAGGUAGGCGCAGCGGUUGGAAGGAUAUUUACUUUCUGUUAUAUCUUUCUAUCUUUUGAACUUUGUAAAAUGAGCUUGUAUUAUCAUUCAGAAACAAAUAAGAAAAGAAAUGUAAUGUUUAAUAUUAAUAAUGAUAAUACAAGGCAUGGCAAUUAACCAUUAAAUGAUUCUGCUGCUCAGUGUUCCCAGAAACGGCAUCAGUCAGCUCCAUGAGGAGCUCUAGGAAUACGAUCAGAGUGCUGGAAACCACAAAAUUUGCAUCCAGUCUUGUUUCAUUUUGGUGUUGGUUUUUAAAUUCCUUUAUUCACUUCAAAACUAAGCCUUAAUGUUUCCUGUGAUCCUUCGAAAUCUCAGCUAGAGUGGCCUCAACUUUCUAUUUCUGAAUUAUAGUUUUAAGGUGUUAGAAGCAGGAAUACCAAACAAUAAC